AACCUAGCUUAUUAGCUUCACUUAACAGCUGUAUCUCCACACGCCCAGCAGUUAUUAGGAGCUACAAUAAAGCCUAUUUCUAUGACACAUCAUUUAUCUGCGAUGCUGAAAGUGACCAGAAAUGAAAUAUUAGAAGUAGCCACAUUUAGCUUGGCAUUCACUCAUCACGAGGUGGCCAUCACGACAUGCCAUCCCAUCUGGUUUGCACUUAGAGGGACCAUCAUUUGGUUCCCAACAGGACAAUAACCCCAAAAACACCUUGAGGAUAUGUUAGAGAUUUUUUCAAGAAGGAGUGUGAUUGAGUUUUGAAUGAGAUGACCUCGCCUUUAUAAUCACCCAAUCUAAAUCCAGUUGAGAUGGCUUGGGUUAGUUGGAAAGGAGAGUGAAGGAAAAGCAGCCAAUGAGCACUCAACACAUCUGGGAACUUAUCAAAAUCAUUGGAAAAUCAUUCCAGUUGAUUACGUCAGGAGGCUGACUGAGUGUGCAAAGCUGUGAUCAAACCAAAAGGUUGGAGUGUGUGUGCUGGUGCAUGAAGAAUGUGGUGUUGAGCAUGGAUCGGGAUUUACUCAGGCAGUCCGUGGCAUUUCAUGGACAGAGCCUGUUUUCUCUGUUAAAAUGCGAACAGAGUGAAAAUCCAGACUUUAAACACAUCACAGCUGAUCUUGACAAAUCUCUGGUUGAGAGGGAUAAAGAAGAUGACAGUCCUGUUGUGGAGCAGUUCAUUGCGAGGAAAGCAGACCUUCUAUUUGACCCAGCUUGGAAAUCAACCACACCUGGAGAAGACGAUUGGCAGGAAGAGACCCAAGAGCCCUAUGCCAUCAUGCCACCACUGGAGCAGUUCAUGGACGUUUCUUAUAACGAGAGAAGAGAUCUUUUUUACCGAGACUUGGAGCGGGGUGAUGUAGUCAUCGGCAGAAUUACCUCGAUUCGAGAUUUUGGGUUCUUCGUUAAUCUUCUCUGCACUGCCGGGGGAAUAGAGAGGGACAUCGAAGAUCUUGAGAUAACGGGUCUGUGUCCUAUCCGAGAUGUCCCAUCAACAGGAAAUCAUGAUGAUCCUUUGUCCUAUUUUCAGAUUGGGGAUUUAAUUCGAGCUGGUGUGAAAGACAUCGACCGCUAUGACGAGAAGCUGACAAUUUCACUUCAUUCCACCUCUCUGGCCUCGAACAUGGAGCGAAUCAAACUGGGUGUAAUAAGCAAAGAAGAUUUACCUCUUCACUACAUUCGUGGUGAACAGGUGACCGCAGACAGCAGUGAGUCAUAUGAGAUGCUACUCCAGAGUUCACCCGGCUUCUCGAACCCGUCCAACGUGGAUUAUUUGCUCGGCAAGCUGGGAAUCGGAGACACACAAUCACACUCGCUAAUGAGAGGAUUACAGAGUAAGCAUUUCAUGGAAGAUGAUUUUGCAAGUGCAAUUCGUAAGAAGCAGUCUGCUUCCUGGGCCUUAAAAUGUGUGAAAUCUGGCGUGAAUCAUUUCAAAGCAGGCCGCUAUGUGGAAGCGAUGAAUGAAUACAACAAGGCUUUAGAGAUCGACACCAAUAAUGUCGAGGCACUCGUAGCACGCGGUGCUCUAUACGCCACUAGAGGCAGCCUGAUGAAAGCUAUCAGUGACUUUGAGCUUGCGUUGGAGGGCUGCCCAACACACAGGAACGCUAAGAAAUAUCUGUGCCAAACGCUAGUGGAACGAGGGGGCCAGCUGGAAGAGGAGGAGAAGCUGAUUACAGCAGAAGGGCUUUAUAAAAAAGCAAUAAGUUUAGACAACACAUUUUACGAAGCGAAGGAGGCACUAAGGAAACUGCAGAUGCACAUCCAGGAAGCUCUUAAACUAAAAGCUGAGGAGGCUGCUAAGGAGAAGGACAAGCAACAAACUGCAGAGACGAGUGCAGAAAAAUUACGUAAGAUCUUAAAAGAGGAGAAAAGGAUGAAAAAGAAACGGAAGCGGUCUGACUCCACGUCAGAGACGUCCUCAAGCUCCGAUUCUUCCAACGAUGACUUGUCCUGUCGCAAAAAAAACAAAAAGCGAAAGCACAAACGCAGACGCUCCUCACACAGUGCUAAAAAACAUAAGCAUAAGGCUUCAUCACGAGAUGAUGAUGAGGAGCACUACCCUGUUCCUGCUAACACCUCAGCGUCCUUCAUUAAUGAGAAACAAAGCCUUGUUAAACUGUUCGAUGGCGCCGAAAACCGAAGAACCUCUCAUGAAAAAAGCAGAGAAGGUAGGUUUGAAGACGACCCCUUCAGCCGGAGCCCUGAGACUGAAGACAGGAAGGGCAAAGGUCAGACUGAGUGCUUCAGUCAGUUAAAUGUCCGGGACAAAGAUGCUUUUAGAGAUCGCAAAAGAUCUGAAGAUGAACACAGCACUCGGCCGGAAAGUUGCAGAAGCUCACGUGUCAGUUCCUCUAGAAAGGAUUCCUCUUCCUCUGCCCAUUCAGAGACCUCCCGCAAAUCCGACCUGCGCGAUUUCGACUCGCGCAAAUCCAGCUCUCGCACGUCGCGCAAUUCUCACUCAUCCGACUCUCGCAGAUCAGACUGUUAUAAUUCCGGAAGUCAUGGGAGGUCAGAGGUCAAGGAAGGGAACAAUGGGCACGAUCGCAGAUUAAGCAGCAGCGAUGGGAGCAAAGCCUCGGUGGGAAACCUGAAAAAGAAUUUACCCACCAAUUUAUUGGAUAUCUUUAAUCAGAUUGCUGAAUUCCAGAAAGAAAAAAAGCAAAAUAAAUGAAUGCGCAAUGUUUGUUGUCUAUGCUGCUGCAAAUUGCUGUUAAUUUUGGAGGUAAAAAUUAGUGAUAAAUGGGAGAUAACGCAGACCUGCCAAUGAUUACGCCUUUUGUGUAGAAUCUUGCUUUGGAUAAAGAAUAUGCUGAUGCAAGGAAUAUUCUGACCAUCCACCCACCAGUUAAAAUGAACAUAUGAGUAGCUAAUGGUUGGCAGUUAAAAGAGCGCUCGUAUAUAAACUAGCGAAUUUGCCUUUUACUUCCAUUUCCAAAACAAUCUUUUGUCUCGCUUACUGUUUUCACUUUCUGCCAUAGUAAAUGGAGAAUGUUUUUGAGUUUAUUACCCUGAAAUAAAUUCAGGACUAAGUAUUAUUCCUUUGGGGGUUUGGCAGGUCUGCACAUUGUUGUAUUAAACAAGACUGAUGGUACCACGUCUUAAUGUAGCAAAUACUACUUCAGUUUACGUUACUUUUGGUUUUCUGAAAAGAAUUGUCCUUGAAAAAAACCUUUGCUGUUAAAAAAGAAAAAAAAAAUCCUUAGCAAAUCUUGGCUCAUCCUUACAAAUAAGCUCUUCUGGGUUUUAGAUACACUUUCUUUCUUUCCGAAGAACUUCAAAAGUUCUGCAAAAUGGAAGAUUAAUCAGUAAUAAGUUAUGCUUCUGAUGAAUUUCUAGUGAUUUCACUCUGCUUUUUUUUUGUUUCUCCUUCAGUUUCAAUUAAUGUUUACAGAAUGUGUGUUUAACAUGUAAACCAAUAUAUCCAAGCAUCUCCUAAUAAACCGAAAUUUAAAGCUUGUA